CUCUCCUGUAAACAUCUACCUGGCUUUCCCAGACUAAAGAAAGAGAAGGCUUGUCCAGACUGAGGAAAGAGAAGGCUUGCCAAGGAGACUCAGGUCCCAGGGAAGCUUACCGAUGAGGCCAGUUGUUGCUCAGCAAUGCCCUCAAGGGGCCCCGCCCCCUGCAGCUAUAAAGCCUUAGUGAGGUGAGAUGAGCCAGUUAGAACUGGCACUCAGCCUCAGAGCACUGGCACACAGGCACCAUGGCAAAUGAAGUACAAGUUCUGCCUUCCCCGCUGAAAGGGCGGCAUGCUCCAGCAGUGAAAGCUGGAAGGAUGCGAAUUUCCAAAAAACAAGAGAUGGGCAUUUUGGAAAGACACACAAAAAAGACAGGAUUGGAGAAAACAAGUACCAUCACAAAUGUCGCCAAGAUACAGAUGUUGGAUGCUCUGACAGACACACUGGACAAGCUCAACCAUAAAUUUCCAGCAACAGUUCACACGGCACAUCAAAAACCUACGCCUGCUCUAGAGAAGGCUGCUCCACUGAAGAGAGCCUACAUUAUUCAACAGCCUCGAAAAUCUUAGGCCAGGAUAGAAAACACAGCCAUCUGGUCAACCUCCCCACAAUCUGACAGCUCAGCAAAAAAUGGUCAAAACUUCCUGUAGGCCUGCUGCCCUUGCUUGGUAAAUAAAACAACUUUUGUAUCAUCCCUUUUAGCUUUAGAUAAUAAAGUUUCCAAAAUUAUGAAUCUGA